UCACUCCCAUACAUUGUGGCCGGAAGUGACGACACGUGUAUAUGUCACGGUGUGCUUCCGGUAUAACGUGUGUGUUGACCAGCCUUCAGCCUUUUUCUCUUGGCUUUCUGGAAGACUAGCGACUGGCUCAGUGUCCCAGAUUUUUUUUUUUUGCAUUCUCUCUUGCGGCGUCACUCAAACCUCCGAACCCGGUGAACAUGGCAUCUGUUUCGGCUCCAUCCCAGACAUCCUCGGCUGCCUCUGCAGCGCUCCAGAGGGGGAUAGUUAAGAUGGUCCUUUCGGGCUGCGCCAUCAUCGUCCGGGGUCAGCCUCGAGGUGGUCCGCCUCCGGAGCGUCAGAUCAAUCUCAGCAACAUCCGAGCGGGCGCCAUGGCAAGACGAGCCGCUCAGAGCCAGCCCGACACCAAGGACACCCCCGACGAGCCGUGGGCCUUUCAAGCCAGAGAGUUCCUCAGGAAGAAGCUGAUUGGCAAAGAGGUGUGCUUCACUGUGGAGAUCAAGACCGCUCAGGGCCGAGAGUACGGCAUGGUCUACCUGGGGAAAGACAUGAGCGGCGAGAACAUCGCUGAGUCUCUGGUGAACGAGGGCUUCGCCAUGGUGCGCAGGGAAGGAAUUCGAGGGAACAAUCCAGAUCAGGUCCGACUAUGCGAUAUGGAGGACCAGGCCAAAUCGUCCAAGAAAGGCAUGUGGUCCGAAGGCGGUGGCGCACACACCAUCCGGGACAUGAAGUACACCAUCGAGAACCCCCGCAACUUUGUUGACUCCUUGCAUCAAAAGCCCAUCAACGCCAUCAUCGAGCACGUGCGUGACGGUAGCGUUGUCCGUGCCCUGCUACUGCCCGACUACUACCUGGUCACCGUCAUGCUGUCUGGAGUCAAGUGUCCCACGUUUAAGCGGGAAGCCGAAGGCACAGAGACGCCAGAGCCGUUCGCGGCUGAGGCGAAGUUCUUCACAGAGUCCCGUCUGCUGCAGAGAGACGUACAGAUCAUUCUGGAGAGCUGCCCUAACCAGAUCAUACUGGGAACCAUCCAACACCCGAAUGGCAACAUAACAGAGCUCCUGCUAAAGGAAGGCUUUGCCCGCUGUGUGGAUUGGUCCAUGGCCGUCUACACACAAGGAGCUGAGAAACUCCGAGCUGCUGAACGGUCUGCUAAAGAGCGUAAAGUGCGCAUCUGGAAGGACUAUGUUGCACCCACAGCCAAUUUGGACCAGAAGGACAGACAAUUUGUAGCCAAGGUGAUGCAGGUGGUCAACGCCGACGCCAUGGUGGUCAAGUUGAACUCCGGAGAGCACAAGACUAUACACCUGUCUAGCAUCCGGCCCCCCAGGAUCGAAGGAGAGGAGAAGAACAAGGACAAAGACAAGCGAUUCCGUCCGCUCUACGACAUCCCUUACAUGUUCGAAGCCCGCGAAUUCCUCAGGAAGAAGCUCAUCGGGAAAAAGGUCAACGUGACGGUGGACUACAUCAGAGCGGCCAGCGGUCCAGGUGAAAGCACCCCAGCCUUCUCAGAACGCACCUGUGCUACCAUCACCAUAGGUGGCAUUAACAUCGCAGAAGCUCUGGUCAGCAAAGGCCUGGCCACAGUCAUUAGGUACCGACAGGACGACGACCAGCGCUCCUCCCACUACGACGAGCUCCUCGCUGCAGAAGCUCGGGCCAUCAAGAAUGGGAAAGGACUGCACAGCAAGAAGGAGUUUCCUAUUCACAGAGUGGCAGACAUCUCUGGGGAGACGCAGAAAGCCAAGCAGUUCCUGCCCUUCCUGCAGAGGGCUGGACGCUCAGAAGCUAUCGUCGAGUACAUCUUCAGCGGCUCCCGCCUCAAGCUUUAUAUGCCCAAAGAGACCUGCCUCAUCACCUUCCUGCUCGCUGGUAUCGAAUGUCCGCGCAGUUCCAGGAAUACGCCCGGAGGAAUGCAGGUAGCCGAGCCUUUCAGCGAUGAGGCAAUGCUGUUCACCAAAGAGCUGGUGCUGCAAAGGGAGGUGGAGGUGGAAGUGGAGAGCAUGGACAAAGCCGGCAACUUCAUUGGCUGGCUGCAUAUCGAAGGCGUGAACCUGUCCGUGGCGCUGGUGGAGAACGCUCUGUCCAAGGUCCACUUUACGGCUGAGCGCAGCAGCUACUACAAAACGCUGGUGUCGGCGGAGGAGGGCUGUCGGCAGAGAAAGGAGAAGGUUUGGGCGAACUAUGAGGAGAAGCCCAAGGAGGAAGUGGUUCAUGUGACCGAGGAGAAGGAGCGUGUGGCCAGAUACAAGCCAGUUUUCGUGACAGAGAUCGCAGACACGCUGCACUUCUACGCCCAGGACGUGGAGACAGGAGCCCAGCUGGAGAGUCUGAUGGAGACCAUGAGGGCAGAGAUCGCCACCCAGCCCCCUGUGGAAGGAUCCUAUGCCCCACGCCGGGGGGACUACUGCAUAGCCAAGUUUGCUGAUGAUGAAUGGUACAGAGCCAGAGUGGAGAAAGUGGAGUCGCCGACGAAGGUCCACGUCUUCUACAUCGACUACGGCAACAGAGAAAUUGUACCAUCCACCCGUCUGGCUGCCAUCCCACCAGCCUUCAGCACCAGAACUCUUCCAGCACAGGCCACAGAGUACACCUUUGCCUACAUCCAUGUCCCACAAGACGAGGACGCCCGUGCUGACGUGGUGGACUGCGUGGUGCGCGACAUCCACAACACCCAGUGCCAGCUCAAUGUGGAAUACUCGGGUGCCACCUGCCCGCACGUCACAAUACAGUUUGGCGACACCAAGGACGACGUGGGCCUCAGCCUGGUCAAAGAGGGCCUGGUCAUGGUGGACGUGCGCAAGGAGAAGCACCUGCAGAAGAUGGUGACGGAAUACCUGAACAGUCAAGAAUCCGCCAAGAGUGCCAGACUCAACAUUUGGCGCUAUGGAGACUUCCGUGCCGACGACGCAGAUGAAUUUGGCUACAAACGUUAACAAGAUGGAUUGAAUUUAACACCACACACACACACACACACACACACACACACACACACACACACACACACACACACACACACACACACACACACACAUACACACACACACACACACACACACACAAAAGACCAUCCACAGUCAA